AUGAGGACCACCAUCGUCGAACCAUCGAUCGUACCAGAACUUGCAGUACUAACUAACCUUCGUAUCUCUAAGGAGAAGCAACCAUCCUUAACGCACCGCUGCGCUACCAUGCGCAAUGUCGACGCGGUGCAAGAAGCUGGCGGCCGAUCAGCCACUGAAGGCAUCUUGGUAUCUGGCACUAACUCACCAUACUUCAAACGGACCAUCUCUUUUCGAAUGGUGCAUAAACUUUAUAUUUUCCCCUACAAGUUUUUCCUUUAUGUCGUGCCUACUGUUGUUUGUGAUUUGGGUGCAUGUGGAGAAUGA